UAAUAAGACAUUUUUCAUUUUAUUUCUUCUAAAUUUUCUGAAUACUUUACUAAUCUUUUAUCUAUUGAAAAAUUGAAUUAUAGUUUUAGUCAAUACUAUUAUUAUUUACCUACUACACUGAAAAUAACUUAGUUUUCAUUAUAUAAUUAUUUGUUUCGAGUGAUAUUUUAUUGUACUUGUUAAUAUUUUCUUAACCUUUUUAUAAAUGUGUAAUUAAGUUUAAUAAAUUGUAUUUUCUAAUGAAUAUUUAUACAGAUUAUUCUCAAAAAUGUCCAGAUUGCCACAAAUGUUUUUAUUCUGCUACAUCAUUAUUAGUACAUUUUUUUAGUCAUGUCGGUGAAGAAAAAUUAGUUAAAGCCGAUAAUAAUGAAAAUAGUUCAACUUCUAAAAAAAAACCUGUAGAAACUAGCAACUAUGCAUCUUCUAAGCCAUUAAAUUUGACAGUGGGUGAAACUUUUAAUCCUUGGAAAUAUUGUUUAGCCACAUAUGAAGAGAAUAAUGAUGAAUCAGUUAAAUCAUUUAAAAAAGUAACUAAAAAAAGUAAAGAAAAAGAUAAGACUUUUGAAUGUAGUUUGUGUAAUAAAAAAUUUGGGUGGACAACUGAUCUUAAAAGGCAUUUACUCAUUCAUACAGGAGAAAGGCCUUUUAAAUGUAACUCAUGCCAAGCAGCAUUUACUAGGAACUUUUUACUCCAAAAACAUUUUGCUCGAGCUCAUAAAAAGAUAUCUGAAGAUGAAUCAAAAAAGUUGGAGAACCAUGUACACGCCAAUGUUACUGAAAUCAAAUUAAAAAUGAAGGAACUAGAGUGCCAACAGGAACGUAAGUCUGCUUCAGAUAAUGAUAGUCAAUAAAAUUAAUUAUUUUAAUUAUUUUACUUGAUUAAAACCAUGUAAUCUUAAUAAUAAUUGUUACCAAAGAACUUAAAAUGUGUACAAAAUUUAUAUUUGAGAUAUAUUUUUAUUUAAUUGGUAUCACAAUAUUUUUUUGUAGUUAAGUGAUAAAUUAAACAUUUUUUUUUUUUUUUUUUUUUUAUUUGAUUUAUGUAACAAGUAGUACCACAACUGUGCGUACUUUAAUUAAAAGUUCAUGGCAAAUAACAUAGUAAUUUUAAAGUGAAGAAUCCCCAUACUUAUAUUAAAUUCAAGUAAAUAAUAUUGAAACUAGAAAUACUCAAUGGCCAAUAUAAUAUUAAAUAUUAAUAUUUUAAAGUUACUAUCUAAACUACCUUAAUUUUAUUUUUAUAAUACAUUAGAAAAAAUUUCUUCAAAAUAGUAUUUAUAGUUUUAUAAAUAUAAAAAUAAUAAGUAUCCAAAAGAGUAUAGAUUUCAAAGUACAUUAUUUAUUAAUAAUAAAAAUAUUAAUCUUCAAUUUCUUAGUGUUUUUUGUAAAACUAAUAUUAUAUAGAUAGGAACCUACUACCUACCAAUUUCAAUUUUUUUAUACUAUUUGUUUUUUUAAUGAAAUAAUUUUUUUUUUAUAUAACUAUUAACAGAACUUUACUUGUCUAAUAAUAAUAUGUUUCCUAUACAAAAAUCAAUAAUAAUAUGUAACCUAUAUGUUUUUGAGAUAUCCAACAGCAUUAAAUUAUUUUAAUUCAGCCAAGUGCAUUGGAUUAGUACAUAUUUUACGUAUGUGAAUUUGCAAUUUUUUAAGCUAUACAUUUUUCUAUAAUCUAUAAAUAUAUACUGAAAUAUUUUGUUAAAAUUAUUUGAGGUCUUGCUAAAAUCAUAAAUCAUUUAAAGGUUAGAUAAUUACAACUAUUUGUAAGUAGGUUGUGGGUAUUACAAGUAUCAAAAUAAUUUCUGACUUACAAUUUAAUAAUAUAAUGUAUACUCUAAUAUUUUAUAUUAUUUUAACUUAAAAAACUGUUUAAAUUAUAAAAUGAAUUAUUUUUAUUGUUGUUUAAAUAAUAAUAAAAUAGGUAGGUAUACGUAUUUAAUUUAAGUAUAUUAACUAUAAUACCGAUCAGAUAUAUUUUAUAUUAAUUUUUUUUCACAAUUAUCUACCUACAUAUUUUAAUUUUUAAUUAUUAUUCUUUAUUGUUUAAAAUGUAAACUUAUUUUUUUAUAUAUCUGUAAGGAAAAACGUGGGGGUGGAGGAUUAAGUGUUUAAGUGCUUUUUGACAUUUUUUAUUUUCUCUUAACUCAUUAGGUGGAUUUCCAUAGAGCAGAGUUAGUUGACUUAAGGCUUCUAAGUUCUAGAAAUAUAACUAUCCUCCAUCCCCUACUCUAAAAAUUAACUUAAUGAUGAUAUUAUAUACCUUGUUUACUAAUUUUACUACAAAUAGUAAUGAAAUUAUUAUUUAAAAAAUAUGUUGAUGUGCCUAAGUUUUCUCAAAUAUAGGAUCCAAAUUAAUUAUUUGAAUAUUGUAAAACAAACAUAUUUUAUGAUUAGUAUAAUAUACGUAAUGAGAACAGAAUAUCCCUACUCCUGUGCUUGAAUUUAUAUCAAAUAGAGGUUGGAGCUUCUUCUCUUUAUAUAAAAAAUUAAUAUUAUUCCUUUAAAAUUUUUUAAACUAAGUGAUUAAAUAAUUAAAAAAAACAAAUUUAAACAUUAAAAUUCUAAUUUUUACCCAUUAAAUUACUUACUAAAGAUAGUAGAUACCAAUUUUUCUGUUCAAAACUUAGUGACUGAUAGAUAGUAGAUACCUACUGGUAAUCUUAAAAUAUAAGUUUGAAAUUGUUAGAAAAUAGCUAUUUUAAUAACAGAGAACCAAAGAGAGUAAUUAGAAAAAUAAUAGCUUUACAUAUAGGUACUUUGCAUUAGUGAUUUUAAACAAUAAUUAUAUUAUAAUAUUUUAUAAUAAUUUAAUAUUUUUAAUUAGCAUUAGAAGGUAAAUGAAAUGUGUAUUUUUAUUUCAUGUACCUACUGUAUAAUAACUAGUCAUGUCUAGUCUUAGUUUUUAAUAUUAAUUACCUUGUAUUAUUAAGUUAAGUAUACUGUAUGACAAUAAAAAAAACAAAUGACAAUAAUUUUGUUUGUAACAAAAUAAAAACUAAUGACAAUAAUUUUUAUUUGUAACUUAUAUAAAUAAAGACUUUAUUAAAAACA